AUGGGAGGUUAUGAUCACCGACUUGGUGAGACAGGAGCCGGCGGACCUCCACUAACACGUCGCGAAGACGUUCCCGAGAGCCUGACCGCCGAAGAGAGCGAUCACUCGACGAACAUCGCCGAGCGGAGAUUCAAGAACGGCGCGAUUCUCCUCGCGAUCGUGACUGGGUACGCGAACGCUUGUCUCGACUUCAAUGCGAUCGUGACCGGACAAUUCUUCCUUAUGGAAGAAUUGCAGAUUUGCGACAGGACUGUAGUUGAUUGGACAAACUUUUGUCGCGAGCUGUUACAACAAUGGAUUACGAAUGGACAAAAACAGAUAGGUGGUCCUGGAGUUACUGUAGAAAUUGACGAAGCAAAAAUCGGGAAAAGGAAAUACAACAAAGGUCGUAUAGUUAAAGGCCAGUGGGUUUUCGGUGGGAUAGAUCGAGAGAGCGACAGUUGGAAGGCAUACAGUGGACUACAAAAUGCAAACUACUCUCAUUAUACAGUAAACCACAAACAGAACUUCAUUGAUCCUGCUACAGGCGCUCAUACGCAAAAUAUAGAGAGGUUAUGGCGUGAUAUGCGAGCAGCAAUACCACGAUAUGGAACACGCACUUAUCAUUACAACGGAUACCUCGCGGAAUUUAUUUUCAAAAAGCAAUCAAAUUUUGGUGACCGCAUUGACUCUUUUUUGAAAUAA